AUAUAAGAAACGUUAAUUUAUUAUCUUGGAUGAAGUUAUGAGGCUUAAUUCAAAAAUGUUACUCAUGAAAAUAUUGUAAACUUGACUUACUUGAUCGAUUGGUUGAUUGAUAGUCAGGUGUGAUAAGGUCCGAUGAAACAAGACCCAGAGUCACCCCCAUUGUUUAACAUAUUGAUUUACUCAUUAAACCUGGUCUAAUCAUUUGCGAGGCGCCAUAAAUGUGUGCACUGAAGUCCUUCAUCUCCAUGGCCACGUAUACAAUCAAUCAUUAAUGUUUAAUAAAGACAAGAAGCUGGCUAUAAGAAUCAACAGCAAGUCCGGCAGUGAUACCAUCAGAGACGGAAAAGUCAAACGGUAUGUAACAAUGCAGUAUGUCAUUUCAAGACUGGACUAAUUACAGUUUUAAGAAUGUUGAACAUGUUUAUUCCUUGAUGGGACAGCUGGAAGAGAAGAGAUGUUAACGCGGUGAUGCAUUAAAGAUUUUUGACUUUUCUUUCUCAGUGAUGUUCUGUCAGAAUGGAGGAACCUGAGGACGGUAUUGCAGUGGUAGGCAUCGGAUGCAAUUUUCCUGGGGGUGAGCCAUUUACUUUAAACUUUUAACUGCAUAAUUUUAGUUGGAAAAUUUACAAUUUACAGAUUUCUAUGUUUCUCACGAAGUGCAAUGUGAUAAAUGAACAACAUCUCGGUAUGUAAUGACAGACAGUCUAAAAGUCAGAAAACUACAGAAAAAAAAACGGUAUAAUUAUCUACUACAAUUUAUAGUUCCCCAGUUAAGCCCUUCUGUAAUUUAUAUAUGUUUCCAAACAGGAGAGGGGAUUGACAAUUUCUGGAAGGUUUUGGUGGAUGGGAGAAACUGUUCUGUGCCAAUUCCCAAAGAGAGAUUUGACUUAUCCAGCUGGUAUGAUCCUGAUGACAGCAAACCGGGUAAAUCCCGCACGGCCAAGGCUGCGCUCAUUGACGGGUUCAAUGAAUUUGACCACAAGUUUUUCGGCAUCAGUGACAGUGAAGUGGAACAAAUGGACCCUCAACAAAAACAGCUCCUUCAGUGUGUCUACAGGGCUUUGGAAAAUGCUGGAAUUCCUAUGGAGAAGGCCAGUGGGACCAGGACAGGGGUGUUUUUUGGCCUAAUGAACAGAGAUUAUGAAACAAACGCUGCACACGUGCACCCGAGUGUGAUCAACCACUGGACUGGCACAGGCCUUGCCAUGAGUAUCGCAUCAAACAGAGUCUCCUACACCUUCAACUUCACUGGACCCUCGCUGUCCAUAGACUGUGCCUGCUCGUCAUCUCUCGUGGCUCUUCAUCUCGCCUGUCAGUCCAUUAAACAAGGUGAUUGUGACAUGGCUGUUUGCGGAGGAGUCAACUGUAUAAUAGAGCCAAGAGUGUUUGUUGCUCUCAGCAAGGCCAAGAUGAUCUCACCUGAGGGGACCAGCAAACCUUUCUCCAGCAGAGCAGAUGGUUAUGGUAGAGGAGAGGGCUGUGGUGUUGUUCUCCUGAAGCCUCUGAAACAGGCUAUUCGAGACAAUGACCACAUCUGGGGGAUCAUCAGCAAAACAGCCGUCAACCAAGAUGGACACUCAGUCACUCCAAUCACCAAACCUUCCAUGACACAACAAGAGGACCUCCUGCGAAGAAUCUACUCAGAGUCGGACCUCGCAAACGUCCAGUACAUAGAGGCACAUGGGACUGGAACCCCAAUUGGAGACCCAACAGAGGCAGGAAGCAUUUCAAACGUCAUUGCUAAAGCCAAACCUCCUGGUUCAGAGAUGCUGCGGAUUGGCUCUGUGAAGAGCAACAUUGGACAUACAGAAUCUGCAGCUGGAGUAGCCGGACUCAUUAAGGUCCUCUUAAUGAUGAAACAUGAGACCAUUGUUCCCUCAGCUUUCUACUCUGAGGAGACUGCAAGUGUAGAUGCCAAAGCCCUGAACAUUAAAGUUCCCAAGGAAGCAGAAAAGUGGGAAGAAUCUGGUGCAAGAAUUGCUGGAGUGAAUAACUUUGGCUUUGGGGGUACAAAUGCACACGCCAUCAUCAAACAGCACAAACAGUCAAGUGCUAAACAAAGGAAUGAUGAGAAACAGGCAAAGUAUUUUGUCAUGUCAGCAAAUUCACCAAAAUCUCUUACUCUGAUGAUGGAAGACACCAUUAAACAGCUAGAGGAAGGUAGCAAAUUUGACCUAGAUUCUCUGUUGUACACGUCAGCAUGUAGGAGGAGCCAUCUGAAACAUAAAUACAGAAAGGCCAUCGCGGUUUCAUCUGUGAUUGAUCUUAAAGAGAAGUUAAGUGCCACUGUAGGCAAAAACAUUAACCCGUCCUACUCAGAUCCAAGAUUAGUGUUUGUCUAUUGUGGAAAUGGUGUCACUUACCAUGGCAUGUGCAAGCAGCUACUAAAACGGGAGCCUGUAUUCAAAGAAAAAAUCAAAGAGAUUGCGAAGCUUUUCCAAAGACUGGGUACACUGAACAUCUUGGAUGCACUUGAGAGUGAAUUCGAGGACAAUGACUUCAAUAACCCAAAUGUCGUCCAACCACUCCUCUUUGCUGUCCAAGUUGGUAUUUCCUGCCUGCUCAGACACUGGGGUGUCAAGCCCGAUGCAAUCCUCGGACACUCUGUUGGCGAGGUUGCAGCUGCUCACUGUUCUGGCCUUCUAUCUCUUCAAGAUGCGGUAAAAGUCAUCUUUUUCCGUAGCACUCUGCAGUGCAAGGUCACUGGGGGGAAGAUGCUUGUGAUCAGCAACAUGGCUGUAUCAGAGGUAACUGCUCUUCUCCCUCGAUACUCUGGUAGAAUUUGCCUUGCUGCUUUCAACAGCCCACAGUCCUGCACCCUCUCAGGUGAUGCAGAUGCAAUUACGAGCCUCCACAAGGAGCUGAGCAUCUCUGCUAAUGGUCAGAAUCUGUUCCUUCGUGUACUGGAUGUCCCUGCUGCUUACCACAGCUACAUGAUGGACCCAAUUCUGCCAGAAAUCGAGGAGUCAAUUGGCUCCUUACGGGUGAAUGACCUUGACACAGCGUUGUUCUCAACAGUGUCAGGAAAGGAAGUGCAGCAGAGGGAUUUCUGCACAGGGGAAUACUGGGCUAGAAAUAUUCGUGAGCCAGUUGCUUUUGAGCAGGCAGUGAGGUCAGCAACUAAUGGAAAGAAGAACACAGUCUUUGUUGAGAUAGGGCCAAGAAGGGCGUUGCAGAGAAACAUCAUGGAAUCUCUGGGUAAUGACACCACUGUUCUUGCAUCAGUGCAGCCAGAGAAAGAUCAUGAAACAGUUAUGUCUGUUGUUUCUAAGUUGUUCGAACUGGGUGUCCACGUGGACUGGAACACCUUCUACAGAGGACAUGAGACAGUGCCACUACCCAUCCCCAAGUACCAGUUCGAUUGCUCAGACAGAGAUGUUAUCAUUGGGGCAGCCCAGAAAAACACAGCAAGUAAUCAUCCUGUUCUUUGCCAGACAGGAAGUGAAAGCAACGUUUUCAGCUGUGAUCUGAAGUCUGACUGUUCUUUUUACCUGAAAGUGCACAAGCACAACAAUGUGCCCAUCAUCCCCGGUGCCUUCUACGCUGAGUUGGGUUUAGCUGCAUUCAUGGCCACUGCCAAACCAAAAGUGCCGCUCAGCUCAGUACAGCUCUGUGUCAGUUUUCACAGCCCCUUUGUUUUAACCCAGAAUUCGCCUGAAAUGAAGGUGCAGCUAGAGCAAAUGGAGAAAGAAACUAAGUUCACGGUACUCUCCCCAUCUGCAGUGUAUGCAUCAGGCACAGUGGUUUCAAAGAAAGAGAGGCUGAUUGAGGAGCAGUGCAUUUCACUACCCGCCAUCUACAAAAGAUGCAAGUCAGUGGUGAGCUCCCAGGAGUUCUAUGGGUACCUCUCUCAAGGAGGCUUCCAAUAUGGAGACGUCUUCAAGAAUAAGGGGGAUGUGCACUAUGGGGGAGAUCUCAAGGAGGCUUUUUCAGUUGUCAGGGUUCCAGAUGAAUUGCAGCCUCAGUUGCAUGACUAUUGCAUUCAUCCUGUUGUGCUGGAUUUUCUGAUGCAGCUCCUCCCAGUUACAGUAGAGCACAUUUUUGCAGGUAGGCCAGGAUUUCCUGCCAAAAUAGGAAGUUUGACUGUGUUUGAACCCUUGGAAGAUGAGAUGAUUGUCUAUCUGAGAGCGAUUGAUGUGGGCGUUGAUCACUUUGAGGUUUGUGGUUGCUUUGCAGAUAAAGAAGGAAGAGUGUUGGUUGAGGUUAAAAAUGCGGUAAUCAAGUACCUUGGCAGUCGCUCUCAUGUGGUUGAGGAGUAUUUCUACCAUAAUGCCUUUAGUGUCAUCCCAGAAGGCAUCACGUCUGCUACUCCUCCAAGGGCCCUGGUCUUUUCUGACCGUAUAGGAAUCACUAAAGGCCUUCAACAACAUCUGGACUCUGCGUCUAGGUAUGUUUCCUUUACACACGCAAAAGAUAUCUUGAGCCAUGGGUUUCCUUCACUGUUGGCAAAUCUCAAAAUAACAGAUAUUGAGAAAAACUUUGAUGAGGUCUUGUUUUUGUGGGGCAAAGAGAACCUCACUUCUCUGUCAGCUGAUGUCGUCCUGCAGAAUUUGGCGAGCUGUCUUGAGACAUUCCGCCAAAUAGUCCUAGAGCUAAAACGAAUCCACUUUCCAAACUCCAUCAGAGCAGUCACCUACUGUUCAUCUGACAUCACAGUGGACCACAUAAAUCCAGGUUUUGCUCUUGUUGGCAUGACUAGAUCAUUUGCCGCAGAGAUACCAGAUCUUUCAUUUCAGCUGAUUGACAUAAGCACUGUCUCAGCUAAGGACAUUUCAGCUCUCUCUGAGGUCCUAAGAUCUUGUCCUUGCAACAAGUACCCAGAGUUGGUGGUGAAAGAUGGACUGAUUCUGAAACCUUCCAUUGUCCGUACUCCUCCUGAAAUCAUUGACAGUUCAGAGGGCAGUUUCACCUCUAUGACAUCUAAGCCUUACAUCCUUCAGACAGCUGAUGCACAUAAUAUGUCUCAACUCAGUGCCAUUCACUUUGAAGAGGAGGUCCAGCCUAUAAGUGAUACAUUGGUUGAAAUUCGGCCCACUAAGAUAUGUGCACAUUCUUCGGAUUACUUUCCUGUCAGUGCUUCACACCAGAAAUUUGGCCAGACACUAUACUGGGACAAACACUCAUCACAGAACCACAAGCUCCUGGCUCUUGAUUUAUGUGGUACUAUUACAGCUGUUGGAAAAGAUGUCAGGAAAUAUAAAGUGGGAGACCAUGUUGCUUCCUGUUAUCCUGUGGUGGCAGGCAGCAAGGUCAGAGUCCCAGAGGAAGUGUGCUACAGCACCAAGCGGUUCCCAUUCCUUCAAAAAACACCCUGUGUGUCCUACUUUGUGCUUGCAUGGGAGAUCCUGCACCGAAACUUGCCCAGAACCAAACAUAACCUUGGAAUCGUAUCCUCUGUGGCUGAUUCAGCUCUAAUGAAAGUCUUGGCAAUCACCUCUUACAAGUCAGGUUGGAAUGUGGUUGUUGGCACUAACCGCAAUGGAUCUUUUGUAGAUGCCAAUCAAAUAGAUGCAUUUGUCCUACUACCUCCAUUUGAUGAGUCUCUGAUUUCAAACAUUAGCAACUUCCCAGGUGUCCAACGUGUUGUUUUGAUCUGUGAAACACAGGCCCAGUGUUUGCUUGCUCAGGAUGUGUUCCAAAGUGUGAAGGAAAGUGUUCGUGUGCAGACAAUUCAGAUGCCAGUCAUUUUGCAAAAGGCAUCCUUGAGUGCAGAAAGGCCACGCAUUUAUCACUGGCUGAAGUCCUUGAACUUGAGUAGGAAAUUUGCUCUUGAAAGCUUCACCUUGCAGGGUAUGAAAUCUGAAAGCAUAAAGAGCCUUAAUGCAGAGAUACAACAAUCGUACUUCAACUCGAAGAAGCUGGCUGUUGUUUCUCUGGAGAAAGAAACCAGCGGUGCGCAGUCUGACAUUCCUCUGCUGUCAACAAAGAAACAGCUUUUCCGAAAGAGAGCAGUGUACAUCGUGGCAGGUGGGCUUUCUGGUCUGGGCUUUGAAACCGUCAAGUUCAUCUCACAGAAAGGGGGUGAAAACAUUGUGAUACUCUCCAGGAGCAAGCCCACACCAGAUGUGCAGCAAGAGAUACAUAAUGUGGAGAAACAAUGUGGAAACUACAUCACUGCCAUGGAGUGUGACAUAUCUGUGUCUGAGUCUGUGCACAAGGUUAUCAGUGUCAUUGGCCAGAAAUUCCCUGGUUGUCCAAUCAGAGGAGUGUUUCACAGUGCAGUUGUCUUGCUUGACGGGCUCAUUGAGACCCUUGACAGAUCUCUUUAUGAGAAAGUUCUCAAACCCAAAGUAAACGGUGCACUGAAUUUGCACAAUGCAACACAGCGCUGUGAGCUGGAUUACUUUGUGUGUUACUCUUCCAUUUCAGCUUUUCUGGGAAACGCAUCCCAAACAAACUAUGCAGCCGCCAACACAUUCCUCGACAUGUUCUGUCAGUACCGGCGCAAACUUGGAUUGCCUGGCCAGUCUAUCAACUGGGGAGCUCUAAACCUCGGCCUCCUCUUGAACAAGGAACAUUUCCAGCGGUUUCUGGAGGCAAAGGGGAUGAUGGUGUUGGAUGUGGCUGAGAUUCAUAAAAGUCUGGAGCAAUGCCUUGUGCUCAAUCGACCCCAACAGGCUGUUUGCAGGUUUCAUUUCAGAAACAUCAGGUACAACAUCCUCUCUCAAAAUGUGGCCUUGACCCUGCGCUUGUCCGCACUGGUAGAGGAGGCAUUCCAAAAAACCAGAGAGACAGAAUCUCAGACUAAACAGGCCAAGUCCAUCUCGCCUAAAGAGUACGUCAUCUCUCUGCUCAGUGAGACCAUUGGCAUGGACAGAAAUGAGCUGAAAGAUGAAUCACCUCUUUCAUCUUUAGGCAUCGAUUCCAUGCAGGCCAUGACUCUGCAGAAUCUCAUCUUUCAGGGGAGAGGAGUGAAUGUGCCAUUGGUGAAACUGUUGGAUCCCAAUGCCACGCUGUCAACAGUAGUAGAUAUAUUGAGUGAAGGAGGGGAAGGUGAAAGUUCCAGUGGGGACUCAGAGCCUCUUCCAGUCGGAGUCAUUAAGCUUGAUUCUACUAGAUUGUAAAAGUCAUAAAUGGACAUUUAAUACGCUGAGUGAUCAGGACAUCACAAUACUUCUUUAUUGAAAGGUUUUUCUUUGUAAUAAAUGAGGUUAUUCAUUGCAAUAGACCACUAAUCAUGUGUUAUUGCCACAUGUUCAUACUGUGUUUUGUCAAAAUUUCUGCCUCUGUUUAUUGUAUUUCAGUUUUACUAAAGAUCAUAUUAUGUUACUCACUUUUUUGGAGACAAGCUCACUUUGAAAUGGAUGGGUGUUUUUUUAAUCAGUUUUAUUCGUUCUGUUAUUAAUAUGUUUGUUAGACAAAGGUGAAAAAGAGCCAGCAGAACAAUGAAAUACCAAAUGUAUUUUGAUUCUUUUAUUAUUAUUGUUUUAGUAAUGUCUAACUUUAAAACUCAUCUGUUAUUUUACAAGUGUCCUUCAGGCUUCGCUAUACAUAAUUCUACGGUCAACCUUCUUUUAUCUGCCUGUUGUACAUUCAUUCACCUCUGUUAGGUCAUGGUCAGUUGUUAUCACUGCCAGCUCAUCAAUUUUGAUGUUGAUUAUCACCUUUAUGAUGACGAAACGAAGCAUGUGAUUCAGUAUUCUGGCAUGUCCCAUAAAUCUUCAGUUGGGGCUUUAUAUGAUUAUUGAGCCAUUUGCUGUUUGACCACUAAUAUAUCAUACUGUGUGGACAAGGACAUUGUUCUCUUUGUGCAUAUUGCCACCACAAGGAAACAAAUGCAAAUAACAUAAAAACAGAUACAGUGAUCAUUUCGUUCAUGUUUAUAACGAUGUUCUUCUACUACAAUAUAAAUCCUCUCAAUCAAGAACUGAUUUUGCAACAGAUGGACAGA